CCGGGAUCACGCCACCACUUCCACUUGGGAUCCUGGCGAUAUGGCUGAUAAUGGAAUGGGACCGUGUUAUUGUCAGCGCCAAAUAGACAAACCCAUAGUGUAGCCAUCUUAAAAUCAGUGGUCGAAUAGAGCCGUAGAACAUAUUCUUACAUAGUCUAAAUCAUAAUUAGUGAGUAAAUAGGCCUAUAGGUAUUCCAUAGCGACCUCCUUCACUUGCCACCACGUAAGCUACCGCGGUAGCUGCACAAACUUGUCGCAGUGGAUACCAUACAAUCGUUUGGAUUGCCCGACCUACAGGACUGAGUCUCGCGUAUUCGGAUCUUUUCAGGCCGUGGGCCCCUGGCUGUGUGAGAUGGACAGGAUGAAGAUCAUCAAACGGAGGCUGUCCAUGUCCCUCCGCAGCACCCGGCCCGUAGACGACUCCCUGUCUGAACUGGCCGAGCAGAUGACUCUGGACGAGCCCUCUGCAGCCAGAGAAAACGAGCCCAUGGUGGUGUGUCCUGUUAGUAUACAUCCCCCAGCCUCUCACAGCGCUCCGUCCUUCCUGCGUCAAUACGCUGGCCACCUUGGCCGCACCGCUGCCCUGCGCAGAGACAACCCAGGCCUGGACCGCGACAGGCCCUACCUCACCCUGCACAGGACCGGAUCCCUUGGUAUCGUCCAUGAGAACGUGAAGAUGGGCUCAGACGGGGAGAGUGAUCAGGCAUCUGGGACGUCUUCUGAUGAAGUCCAGAGUCCAGUCAGGGUCCGCAUGAGGAACAACCACCACAGACGCAUCUCCAAUGAGGACAUAAACAAGCGCCUGUCUCUGCCGGCUGACAUCAGGCUACCGGAAGGCUACCUGGAGAAGUUUGCCAUGAACAGUCCGCCAUUCGACAAGCCCAUGAGCCGCAGGCUACGAAGAGCCUCAUUGUCUGAAAUCGGCUUUGGCAAGUUGGAGACGUACAUCAAACUAGACAAACUAGGGGAGGGAACCUAUGCUACAGUUUUUAAGGGGCGCAGCAAGCUGACUGACAACCUGGUGGCUCUGAAAGAGAUCCGAUUGGAGCAUGAGGAGGGGGCUCCCUGCACUGCCAUCAGAGAAGUGUCUCUGCUGAAGGAUCUGAAGCAUGCUAACAUCGUUACCCUACAUGACAUCAUCCACACUGACAAGUGCCUCACGCUGGUGUUCGAAUACCUGGAGAAAGACCUGAAGCAGUACAUGGAUGACUGUGGCAGCAUCAUGAGUGUACACAACGUUAAGAUCUUUCUGUUCCAGUUGUUGCGAGGGCUGGCGUACUGCCACAGGAGAAAAGUCCUCCACAGAGAUCUCAAACCCCAGAACCUGCUCAUCAACGACAAAGGAGAGCUCAAACUGGCUGACUUUGGUCUGGCCCGGGCCAAGUCUGUCCCCACUAAGACCUACUCCAAUGAGGUGGUGACACUCUGGUACCGCCCGCCCGAUGUCCUGCUGGGCUCCACAGAGUACUCUACACCCAUCGACAUGUGGGGAGUGGGUUGUAUCUUCUAUGAGAUGAUGACAGGCAGACCACUGUUCCCUGGCUCCACAGUGGAGGAUGAGCUGCACUUGAUAUUCCGUAUCCUAGGCACACCAACAGAGUUGACCUGGCCUGGGAUUACCACCAGCGAGGAGUUUAAGACCUACAAGUUCCCCCGUUACCACGCUGAGCCCCUGGUCAACCACGCACCCAGGAUAGACAGUGAUGGACAUGACCUUCUUUCACUGCUACUACAGUUUGAGCCGAUGAAGCGUGUAUCGGCUGAGGAGGCUCUGAGACAUCCAUACUUCAGGAGCCUGGGGGAGCAGGUUCAAACACUGUCUGACACGUCCUCCAUCUUCUCUGUGAAGAACAUUCAGCUCCAGAGAGACCCAGGGAAGAGGUCUUCAACCUUCCCAGAGUCAGCCCAGGGGAAGAGUAGGAGGCAAAGUGUGGUGUUUUAGUGUCGGUGGGGUGGGGGGGGGGAGGGGGGGGUUGUGAGGAGGACAGUGACGUACGGAACUGUCACACACACACACACCAACCCCGCCACACACACCGAAGGAGUCCAACACACACCCUGCCACACACACUCACCCCGAAGAAUCCAACACACACCCUGCCACACACACACACAGAAGGAGAGAAAACACACAGUACUACCCAAAACAAAAACAACAAGUCAACAACACAAGACUGAGGAACACUAAAUGGAGAAAAGCAAAUGACUUAUCAUAAUGAAGCCAGAGGAUGAGAAGACUUGAGGAUUUGAACAUGAAGGUGAAUAUGUAAGAAGAGGAAGAUGAGAGGAGCGCUCCUCCUUCUACUGCUCAGAGUACAGCAGUGAUUAGGGCCGCUUUGGACUAAGCUGAGUGGAUAUGGUUUGAACAGGAUUUGCUGUAUCAGUGAGCUCUAACGGGAGUGGGGGGGGGGGUGAGGGGGUUGGGGAAUGUGAGCCUCUGCACCCCCAGGCUAGAGGACGGGCAUGUUUAAAGUGAGGGAGGGAAGGAGGGAUGAGGGGGGUGGGAAACGCGAGCCUCUGCACCCCCAGGCUAGAGGACGGGCAUGUUUAAAGUGAGGGAGGGAAGGAGGGAUGAGGGGGGUGGGGAACGCGAGCCUCUGCACCCCCAGGCUAGAGGACGGGCAUGUUUAAAGUGAGGGAGGGAAGGAGGGAUGAGGGGGUGGGGAACGCGAGCCUCUGCACCCCCAGGCUAGGGGACGGGCAUGUUUAAAGUGAGGGAGGGAAGGAGGGAUGAGGGGGUGGGGAACGCGAGCCUCUGCACCCCCAGGCUAGAGGACGGGCAUGUUUAAAGUGAGGGAAGGAUCCUCUCUCCCUUUUUCUUUCUAUAGUCUAGACUGAGCUGUAGAACUCUGCCUUUUCAUAUCACACCCUAACCAUAAGCCCUAACCUCAACUCCUAACCCUAACCAACACCUCAACCCCUAACCUUAACCAACACCUCAACCCCUAUCCCAACCAACACCUCAACCCCUAACCUUAACCCACACCCCAACCCCUAACCUUAACCAACACCUCAACCCCUAACCUUAACCAACACCUCAACCCCUAACCUUAACCAACACCCCAAGCCCUAACCUUAACCAACACCUCAACCCCUAUUCUUAACCAACACCCCAAGCCCUAACCUUAACCUUAACCAACACCUCAACCCAUAACCUUAACCAACACCUCAACCCCUACCAUUAACCAAUACCUCAAGCCCUAACCCCAACCAACACCUCAACCCUUAACCUUAACCAACACCUCAACCCCUAACCCCAACCAACACCUCAACCCCUAACCUUAAACAACACCUCAACCCCUAUUCUAAACCAACACCUCAACCCCUAACCUUAACCAACACCUCAAGCCCUAACCUUAACCAACACCUCAAUCCCUAAACCAAACCAACACCUUAACCCCUAACCUUAACCAACACCUCAACCCCUAACCUUAACCAACACCUCAACCUCUAACCUUAACCAACACCCCAACCCCUAAUCUUAACCAACACCUCAACCCCUAACCUUAACCAACACCCCAAGCCCUAACCUUAACCUUAACCAACACCUCAAGCCCUAACCCUAACCAACACCUCAACCCCUAACCUUAACCUUAACCUUAACCAACACCUCAACCCCUAACCUUAACCAACACCUCAAGCCCUCACCCCAACCAACACCUCAACCCCUAACCUUAACCAACACCUCAAGCCCUCACCCCAACCAACACCUCAACCCCUAACCUUAACCAACACCUCAAGCCCUAACCUUAACCAACACCUCAAGCCCUAACCUUAACCAACACCUCAACCCCUAACCUUAACCAACACCUCAAGCCCUAACCUUAACCAACACCUCAACCCCUAACCUUAACCAACACCUCAAGCCCUAACCUUAACCAACACCUCAAGCCCUAACCCCAGCCAAUAGCUGAAACAUCGACACCUAGCUAACUACCAUACCGCCGGUCGUGUCCAUUUCUCUACCCCACACACACACAUGUAUGCACGUGCACACACACACACACACGAGGCAUAGAAUUGUGUCUAUAGGAUGCUAAUCCUUUGUUUCCAAAUCAUAUUUGGAAUGGAAUGGAUUACAUACUGAGCCUGAAGAAUCUCACUAUUUAAUCCAUUGCAUGCUUCCCACCCCCCCGCACACACAUUUGUACAUUACAGUGCCCAGACCUGGCAUCCCGAAGGUCGACUCUAGCACCUGAUCCCCCAUUCUAUUACCUCAUCAAUCAGUCACUCAGGCAGAAUACGGUACCAAUACAGUACCAAUACGGUACCAAUACAGUACCAAUACGGUACCAAUAUGGUACCAAGCAUACACUAACAACACUAAAGUUAUCUUCUUCAAAGUGUACAGUAUCUACAGAAGUCAACAGGAAUGGGCACUUCACUAGGCCACUAUGCUAAAGUGCACACUAGGAAACACUAAGUUAAACAACACACAACAAUAGGACAAUGCAUUAUGAAGAGAUUAUUAUCUGUAUGAUGUGAUGGGAUACUUUUAUGACACGCUAUAGUGAUACACAACAGAGCAAUAUAUAGGAGGGUUGUUGAUGCCCAGGUACACUUCACGCCAGAAGUUUCCCUCACAGGGCAAAGGGGGUGAAACAGUGUACAGAAACACCUGAACCCCUGAACCUUGAUUCUCAACUAUCCUGGUUGUUAUGCUCCAUUUAUAGCUAAUUAACAUUGAGCUGUUUUUGUUGCACCUAAUCUGACCUCUUAGAUACUAAAUCUAAAGUACACCAACGCUCCCCCCACUCAAACACCCUUAUACACACACACACACACACACACACACACACACACACACACACACACACACGCACACAAUAUAGUUUUGUUCUGUUUCUAAUCUGUAUAUAUGACCAUACUUUUCACUCUUUAGUAAUAAGGUACAAGCAAUGAUUUCCCAGAAUGCAAUUCUCUGUGUCACUGGGUCGUUCCCGUGGGAAACGCUGGUGACUGACUGAGAACGUGUUGCACAUUCCUUAAGCUCAGGACUUAUGGGUAUUGUAGUUUUGUGGAUUUGGUGUAAGGUCGUCUUGUUCCCCAGAAGCCAGGAACAUGAGGUUAGCUAGGUUAUAAGGUAAAGGAAGUGCAGCCUAAAUGUUCCCCUUGUAGAGUUUAACAUAGGGCAAGCCUGCCUAGGAGGGCCUCUUGGAAAAUGGCCCACUACAUGCUCUGUGCUCAGACAAGAUGUAUGGAUGACUUUAUCAUCUACAUGAUCAAUCAGUCAACAGAUCAAUCAUGGAUCUGUCUCCCUCCUCUAGUUAGUCUGGGGGUGAGUUAAAGUGCAGUUUAAAGAGAGACCUCAGAAUAAUAAAACCUAACCAUUCCCUUUACUUCACUCCUCCCUUUAGAAGCUAAAGCAUGUCUGUAUGGAUAUAUCAUGGGAUAUGUCUCAUGUCUGUAUGGAUAUAUCAUGGGAUAUGUCUCAUGUCUGUAUGGAUAUAUCAUGGGAUAUGUCUCAUGUCUAUGGAUAUAUCAUGGGAUAUGUCUCAUGUCUGUAUGGAUAUAUCAUGGGAUAUGUCUCAUGUCUGUAUGGAUAUAUCAUGGGAUAUGUCUCAUGUCUAUGGAUAUAUCAUGGGAUAUGUCUCAUGUCUGUAUGGAUAUAUCAUGGGAUAUGUCUCAUGUCUGUAUGGAUAUAUCAUGGGAUACGUCUCAUGUCUGUAUGGAUAUAUCAUGGGAUAUGUCUCAUGUCUGUAUGGAUAUAUCAUGGGAUAUGUCUCAUGUCUGUAUGGAUAUAUCAUGGGAUAUGUCUCAUGUCUGUAUGGAUAUAUCAUGGGAUAUAUGGAUGUCUCAUGUUUGUGAAAUGGCUUCAGUUUGAGCAGACAGGAAAGGGCAGACUCACAUAGUAUUUACUGAUCAGUGAUUGGGAGAACAUAGGAAGUGACCUCAUUGACUACCUUCUUGCAACCUAUCAGCUACUUUUAUCAGUUAGUUUUAACCCCAGUUUUAGAGCAUUUACUCUCUGUUGUCUGCUGUGUUGUGAAGGCACCAGAUGAACUAAGACCACUGGACCAAAACACACUGAGGCUGGAAUUGAACUUAGAUUGAAUUCCCCCCCGAGGGUCCAAACACGACUGUUUCGUAUGCAAGUGGUCAGGUUGUGUACAGGUCAGUGAGUUUGUGAGUGGGAGAGUGUGAGCAGGAUGAAGUUGUUCCUAUACUCUGAACUAGGGUCAGUACUAUGUUAUGCCUUUCCCACCUAAUGAUUAAAGUCUGGAUUUGGAGAGCAUAAGCUGAUCCUAGAUCUGUACCUUAGUGGCAACUUCUACUCAGAGUGUGAGAGUAUGUAGCAUGUACAUAGAUGAUCCGUCAGUCUGUAUAUAGGCAGUGUACAGGUUUGAUACGGCAGCAGACUCAGUCAGGUAACCUUAUUUUGAAAACCAGAGCAAUAUUUCUGUAUUGAUAAUCGGGCCAAGGCUGUAUGAUAAUAUAGUACGUGUAUCUAUCAGGAGGGAAUUAGAGGUCUGCUAAAAAACACAGAUCAAUGAGUUCCGGAGAGGUUCAUCCCUUUUUCAGUGAUGUAAUAAAGUGAGGAGAGUAAAUGUUUUCUGUUUAGAUUUGAGAGGUUUGAUGGAGUAUAACGCCAUAGCCUCCCUAUCACUGUCUUACUGUGCUUUGGUGACACCUAGUGGUCACACAACAUAAUCACAGUUUCCCCACACAGUUUAACGGGAGUGGAGUGCGUGUGAUGUGACGCGAGUGUGUGAGCUUAGGAAGAGGUUCGGUGUGUGUGCAUCACAGAGCUCGUGCAAUGAUGGGUGAAAUAGUUGUGAACACUAAAUAAAAAUCCUUAGUUUAAUGGAGUGUUUUUCUCAUGAAAUACUUUAAAUAUUUUGUCUUCCUUUGAAGCCUUCAUGCAGUAAGUGUGUGUGGUUUAUUACAACCUCCCAGCCUGUCUUUGUGGAGGAGUACAGGACAGGAUCACACUCCUGUACCAAUACUACUGACAGCAUCACCGUGAAACACAAGGAUUUCCAACAUCACCCAUGGAGUCCAGUGGAGGCUAAUGAGGGGAGGACGGCUCAUAGUAAUGUCUGGAAUGGAAUCAAUGGAAUGGCACCAAACACAUCAAAGACAUGGUUUCUAUGUGUUUGUUACCAUUCCAUUGACUCCAUUCCAGCCAUAUUUAUGAGCUGUCCUCCUCUCAGAAGCCUCUACUGAUGGAGUCCUUGUUUGCUGUAAUUCUGCCUGCCAAUGUCGCUGAACAGAAGGACAUGGGGAGGUCACCAAGGGCCUGCUUCAGACUUGAGAUAAAAAAUACUUAACAUGGACUUAAGUCAAUAUAUUGUUUUACUUAAGUGCAUGUUCAUUUUACUUACAUUAUCUUAUAGGGCAUUGUAAAUGAGCCAGGGAUACUUUUUUCAAAUACUAUUUUCAAAUACCCGGAUUAAAUGCAUGGAGAGUAUAUUUGACUAUUGUCAACUACUUUCCAAGUGUAUUUCCAAAUACAUUAAAAUAUUCAACUACUUGUCUUCUCAAAUAAACAAUAUCUUAAUACUUACUUCAAAUGUAUGUGAGAGUAAAUGAGAUAUUUGAAAUAGUAUUUGAACCCAGGUCUGCAGGUAUCCAUGGUGAUGCUGAACUGUACUAUGUAAUGCCUGUUGGACCAGUUACCCCAUUCGUGUUUGUUACCCCUUGACACUGAUCUAAGGUCAGUUUUGCAGUUUCCCCCGACGGUUAACGUUUUGGGGCUCAGGAAGCUACGCUUGCUGAUCCUAGAUCUGUGCAUAAGGGGAUCUGCUAGUCAACGCAAUGUGUUACUCUUGACCUUACAGUGAAAAAUAAAACCUGUUCUCUGAAAGA